UAAUUAAUCCUUCGAAAAGAUAAAACUUGGGGGCAAAAGGGGUAAUUACAGCAAAUAUCGUAUAAAAGCUUUCCAACCUCCUCCUCAGCAGGAACAGCAAUAACGCAGCGUUUUGUCGUAGAGAAUUCAAAUCGGCGAAAGCACGGUGGAAAAUUGAAGUGUAAGAUUUUGGGUUUUGUGUGUUUGUCAAUGGAAGAAAGAGUUGAAUAUUCAGAGUCGUCGUCGUCGUCGUCGGAGUCGUCGGACCACGUGAUGAGCGAGGUACACUUGGGUUGUCCACCUGGUCUUUCUGGGUCCCACAUUUCAUACUUCACUUUCUCCAUUCCCUCUGAAACUGAACCAAGAAGAAGCAAUGAAACUUCUGAAAUGGAAGCAGCUUCGGUGAUGAAGCUGGAUGAGGAUGGUGAUCUUGUUCUUCCUAGACGCAACACUACGCGUUUUGCUGGCUUAUCUACACAGAGUUAUAGAGUGAGAAUCCAGCAUAACAUCACAUCGUCUAUUCCGAGUGUUGGUUUGCAGGUGUGGAGAGCGGAACUAGCAUUAUCUGAUUUUGUGUUGCAUAAGAUGUUUACAUCAUCUGAAUUUGAUGGAAUCAUUUCAUUAGAACUUGGUGCUGGCACAGGGUUGGUGGGUAUAUUACUUUCACGCAUUGCUAAAACAGUGUUUUUAACAGACCAUGGUAAUGAGAUCCUGGAAAACUGUGCCAAGAAUAUUAAGCUUAAUUCUGAACUAUUCAAUCCUCAAGCUGCCAUUCAUGUACGUGAACUUAAUUGGAUGCAUUCCUGGCCUCCUGAAAUAAGUCUUGAAGAAUCCCCCCAGUGUAAUAGGAAACACAAUUUGAUACAUGUAAUGGUGUCGCAUAGGUAUCUCUGGACAUCCUCAGAUGUUGAAGAAGCCCAAAAAGCUUCUAUGCUUGUAGCUGCAGACGUAAUUUACAGCGAUGAACUCACAGAUGCAUUUUUCAGUAUUUUAGAGAGACUAAUGUGCACAUGUCCAGAAAAGGUUUUAUACCUGGCACUGGAAAAGCGGUACAACUUCAGCCUUGAUGAUCUUGACGUUGUCGCAAAUGGUUACUCACAUUUCAAAAGUUAUCUGCAGGUUGAAGGAGAUGGUGUUGCACAGCGUGAAGAUCUGGAGUUUCGUUCAACGGCAAGGUUUGUGGGCAAGUGCAUUGACAUUACGCAAAUUCCACAAUACAUUAAAGAAUAUGACAGAGGAACUGAUGUAGAGAUUUGGCAGAUAAAGUGCCAGAAAAGAAAUUUCUAAUUUGUAAUCCUAUUGUGCAACGAAGCUGUGAAGUUAUUUAGAUGUUCAGCUUUUAUAAAGUUUAUGAUUUUGCCCACAAAUAUAGCUUUUUCAAAUAGUAGACUGAUUGUGGGUGGGUAAGUUUGGUUUUCACAAAGGC